GGUUGCACCUGCAGUGUUAGUUGAGUCCGGCACACAAAGCUCGUAGAAACAGCCUGUGUACUUUGUAGGCUACUACACUUAUCUGCGACAGACUUAGGACUUAUCAUUCCGUUUCCUUUUUUCUAUUACCUUAGGCUACAAGAAGUCACCAUCAUGAACUCUCUUAACCAACAGUAUGAGGAGAAGGUGCGUCCCUGCAUCGACCUCAUCGACUCUCUUCGCUCUCUGGGUGUAGAGAAGGACUUGGCUCUGCCUGCUAUCGCCGUCAUUGGAGACCAAAGCUCGGGGAAGAGCUCCGUGCUGGAGGCGCUGUCAGGGGUGGCUCUACCAAGAGGAAGUGAGAUAUCGUUGGAAAGCUGUGUCUCUCCUGCACAAUCUCAUCGGAUCCAUGCGUUUGGCUGACCAGAUCCCGCUGGUGAUCCGCUACCAUGUGAUGCAGGAGUCUGCCCUCCAGCUGCACAGGGAGAUGCUGCAGAUGCUUCAGGACAAGGAGAAAACUGAGUGCUUGCUUCAAGAGGACUUUUCAAUGGAAACAAAGAGAAGACAACUUCAGAAAAGCCUCAAGCGCAUGUCAGGAGCCCGUGUUCUGUUGAAUGACUUCAGCAUGAACAUAUUCAACUUCAACACAGCCCAAGUAAAGCGCAAACCUUAAAAUCAGAUUCCUGAUGGAAGAAGUUUGUUGGGCUUUCACAUUCAUCACAUUUCAUUUCUUUUGCAGAUUUGUGAUAUUAUUAGUCACUUAAGCUAGAAAAGCAAAUAAAAUAAAGAGUGGCUAUUGAUAAGUGAUCCAGUGUAAUAUUCGUAUUCAUUAUUUGCCUUUUAAUUAAUUUUGUUCAUACAUAUGACUUGUUAUUCUUCUUCAUAUUGAUACUUACAUGUUUACUCUUAUGUUCUUAUUGAACUUGUGUGAACUCUUAUCUGCUGUCCUUUGUUUCUCUCUUAAUCUGCGGCAGCUGUAACACCUUAAUUUCCCUACGGGCACCAAUAAAGGUCUAUUUUA